UUCCUCUUGAUCAUGGAAGGAGGCAGGGUUUCUUUUCUACAGAACAGAGGCCAAUUCUCCCCAGCACACACAUUUGCACAGUGCAGAGUCCCCAGGCCUCCACAAUGUCGGACCCUGCCUCCCGGCCGCACUCUCCUCCUUACCUGCUGCUGGCUCUGCUGUUGGGAGUUAUAGGUGUGUCAGAUGAGAUGGAACUGCAGGUGAUCCAGCCCGAGAAGUCGGUGUCUGUGGCAGCCGGAGAGACAGCCACUCUGCGCUGCACCCUGACCUCCCUGCUCCCCGUUGGGAAGGUCGAGUGGUUCAGGGGCACAGGGCCAGGCCGGGAGUUAAUCUUCAGUUCUGUCGGAUACCGCCACUCCCCCCGAGUAACAACUGUUACAGACAUCACAAAGCGAAGCAACCUGGACUUUUCCAUCCGCAUCAGUAACAUCACCCCAGCAGACACGGGAACCUACUACUGUGUGAAGUUCAGGAAACGGGUUCUGGAUGUGGAGUUUAAGUCUGGACGAGGCACCCAGGUCAUCGUGAGCGGUGAGUAUCGCUCCGUCCCCUGGUUGUGACAACAAGUCAAUAAGAAUGCCCUCCAUCGCUUGAGCAACAGAUAAGGAUCAGGUGCUUUGGCGGGUGCCCCUGAAUGAGCCCCUUCCACGGAUCAGGAAAGUUGAGGCCCGGAGAGGUUGUGCUAUUUGCUGAAGGCCCCACGGCUGGUAAACAGUGGGAAAAUCUGGAACCUCAGUCUGCAGGCUCCCAGCUCUUCCCUUUUCCAAUCCUGACCAGCCUUAUGGUUCCAGCGAUGAGGGACUGAAAGUCUGAGUGACUUUCCCCGUUACAAGGCCUCACUUCACCCCUGCCUCUGGAGAGACCUCCGCUUAAUGUGGCCAGGGUUCUCCUUACUCAGCACUGACUAAGCACCUGCUGUGUGCAUUCUGGGCUCUGGGUGCUGUGGACGUAGCAGAGAACAGAACAGCCAAGGACUUUUCUCUCAUGAAGCUUACGUUCCCCUCCCUUCCAAUGCGGGUAAAUGCACCGAGGGCAGGGAGGGGGGGAAUGUGUUUCCUUAUAACCGUUCAGAAAUAUCACAGGGAGAAGAGGCACAGCAGCACUGUUGACUCUGCUACCCCUGCUUGGAAGAGAUGCCCGAUGUAGGUCAUUCGCUGGGGGUCUUUUCGAAAAAUGCUCCCGUGAUACAGGGACUGACUCUUAACGGUAGCAACUGAGUCUCCCUAUACCCCCAGACAUAGGGAGGAAACGGGGCUUUAUCCUGAUUGUGAGGGUGUCACGCAAGUUCCCAGUGGGUAUGUCCCUUGCCUGGUCACUGCAGCCAGUACCAGUGCCUGGGCUCCCAACCAGGUCUGCCAUCCUGGCUCUGGGACCUCUGAGGAGUCAUCCCCACAUUGGGCUCAGUGUCCUCGCAUGUCUAUGACAACACAGCCCCACAGCGCCGCUGCAGGGACUGAGUGAGCGAAUGCAUGUAAGUUGCUUAUGACAGGACCUGGCAUGCGGUGGCUGUCCUGUGAAUGCUGGGACAUACCACGGACCCCAUCACAAGGCAGGCACGGGCCUGAAGGAGCUGAGGGUCAGGGAGUCAGCCUAGCAUCAGGGGCCCGAGACACUCUCAAUACAACCAAUCACAGCGCUUUGUCCCUCUAGGGGUGUCAGGGCUGCUGGUGUUUUCAUGACUUGACUUACUCAUGUGACACCUCCUACCUAUGUCCUCCGAAUGUUUGCUGAGUUUUAGAAAGGAAGUUGAACAUUCACAAAUACACAUAUCUGCAAUAUGUGCCCUCUGACGACUGUUCUAGAAGAUGUUUUGUAAUAAGGGACAAUUUGGAGACCCCCUAUAGGACCUUCUGAAAUCCCCUCCCUCUCGAGUCACUGAUGUGUGUGUUCCCAGGACACAAGAGGGCUUCUGCCUGCUCCGUAGGCCAGUGUCUCUGUCCUUGAAAUUGAUUCUGAAAUUGAUUCACGAUUGAAAAAUUAACCAUCUUUGGCUUUCUCAGCACUCCGUGAUCUUGGUUUUCAACCCAACACUGACCCAAGAGAAGAACGCAGAUUCAGAAAAACAACCCCUCAUUCCCUCCCUCUCAGAUUCAGGGAUUGGAGACGAGACCCUAUGGAAUAUUUGUGGAAAGAGUGAAAACUAGACUAAAUUCGCAAAUACCUGAAGGCAGAGCUCCAGGUGUAAGUUAAGUUUGGGAUAAAGACAGAUCCGAGUUUGGUCCUGGAGAAGCAUUUGCAGUGUUAAAUUCAAAGCAAAACUGCCUGUAUUUGCCUCACCUGCCCCUCACUCCCACCCGAGUAGGAGAAAGGCCUGCGGUCCCCUCUCACCGGGGGCGCUGGGCUUGGCCACGUCCAGGCCUACGGGCGGCUGGCCACCUGGUUCCAGAUCUCCUGGGGGCCCCCUCCACCCCUGCAGGGCUGGAAAAUAAUCCGUGAGGGUUCUGCACAGUGUCACAUACCUGUCGUUGGUGAGGAUGCCCAGAGUCAUGCUUACUGCUCGUGAAUGCUCCU